CCCCCCUUUUCCUCUUCUUUUCCCUCCUCCAUCUUUUCCCCCCUCAAGGAAACCAACAUUCCCUCCGCUCUCCUCCACGCCUUGCGAAGAAGCACCCUAUUCCCUUGGUCAGGGCCCCCCACAGCAAAACAUCCCAGAAGUCAUGGUCGCCGCCGCCGCUAUCGAAGCUCCCGUCUCGGGCAGCUCGCUCGAGAAGAAGCCCAUCAAGUUCUCCAACCUGUUGCUCGGCGCGGGUCUGAACAUGUUCGAGGUCACGACUCUUGGCCAGCCCCUCGAGGUCGUCAAGACCACCAUGGCUGCCAACCGCGGCGAUGGCUUCUCCACGGCGCUGGCCCGUAUCUGGGGUCGAGGUGGUCCUCUCGGCUUCUACCAGGGUCUUAUUCCCUGGGCUUGGAUUGAGGCUUCUACCAAGGGCGCUGUGCUGCUCUUUGUUGCCUCAGAGGCCGAGUUCUACGCUCGCUACAUGGGUGCUUCUGAGUUUGGCGGUGGCAUUCUUGGUGGUAUCACCGGUGGUGUUGCCCAGGCCUAUGCCACCAUGGGUUUCUGCACCUGCAUGAAGACGGUCGAAAUCACCCAGCACAAGCUGGCCGCUUCCGGUGUCAAGCCGCCUUCCACCUUCCAGACCUUUAUGAACAUUUACAACAAGGAGGGUAUCCGCGGUAUCAACAAGGGUGUCAAUGCUGUCGCCAUCCGACAGAUGACUAACUGGGGAUCCCGCUUCGGUCUCAGCCGACUGGCCGAGGGCUGGAUCCGCUCGGCCACCGGCAAGCAGCAGAGCGACAAGCUCUCUGCCGGCGAGAAGAUUCUUGCUAGUGCUCUCGGUGGUGGUCUCAGCGCUUGGAACCAGCCUAUCGAGGUCAUCCGUGUCGAGAUGCAGAGCAAGAAGGACGACCCCAACCGACCCAAGAAGAUGACGGUCGGCAACACUUUCCGUUACAUUUACGACAACAAUGGCGUCAGGGGCCUCUACCGAGGUGUUGCCCCUCGAAUUGGUCUCGGCAUUUGGCAGACGAUUUGCAUGGUUGCUGUCGGAGACAUGGCUAAAACUUAUGUGGAGAAAUUGACUGGUGACAAGGUCACGGCUAAGCAUUAGACGGCGUUUGGGAACAGGGCUCGAUGAUUGGCAAAAAAACAUGUUUACAAGAUUUGGGUUCUUAUGACAAAUGAAAUGACGGUGGAGGGCAUGUUAUCUUUUGCAGUGGGCUUGUCCAAAGUCCUCUGUACUUGCUUUCUCAUAUGUGUGUGUUGAUAUAUGCACCCAUUCUAUUACUAUUUUAUUAUUAUUAUAGAUCUACUCUAGCUAGGAACUGAUAGAGGAGAAGUGAAUGAAUAGAUGGCGUUGACCAUCAACAACUUG